AUGCAGCACCCACGUUCUCUGGUGCUGCUGGGCGCCAUUUCUUCCCUCACCGCCGUCGCUGCUGGCAGCUUGCCGCGCGGUGUUGGGCCCGAGUUUGCUUCUCACUACCAGGGCAAGACCGAAUUCAGCUGCAUUUCAGAUGCGUCCAUCAAGCUGGCCUUCGAUCGGGUCAACGACAACACCUGCGACUGCCCAGACGGCUCCGACGAACCUGGCACCGCGGCAUGUGCACACAUCGAUCCCCUUUCUCCCGAGCAACCGCUUCCAGGCUCUGGAUCAGUCUCGGGAAAGGUCCAAGCCGCGCUUCCUGGGUUCUGGUGCGAGAACAAGGGCCACAUCUCGUCCUACGUUCCGUUCAUCUACGUCAACGAUGGCAUGUGUGACUACGACCUCUGUUGCGAUGGAUCCGAAGAAUACGGCCACGUCGGAGGCGUCAAGUGCGAGAACCGGUGUGUCGAGAUCGGCAAGGAGUACAAGCGGCUUGCGGACGAGAAGAGACAAAAGAUGGAGAGGGCAGCUAACCAGAAAAACGCCAUGCUAAGCCAAGCCCAGCAGCUCCGCCAAAAGGCCGAGGUCAAAAUUGCCCAAUUGAACGCAGAGAUUCAGACUCUGGAAGUGAAAAAGGCCGACUUGCAAAAGAAGCACGCCGCUGCUAAACUUCAGGAUGUUGGUAGAGUCGUCAAGAGCGAGGGAGCUGGAGGCAAGCUCGGUGUCUUGAUUGGCGUGGCCAAGACUCGUGUCAGUGAGCUGCGAGACAUGCUUGACAAGGUUGUGCAGCAACGAAACGAUCUUCGCUCUCGAGUGGAGGAGUUGGAGACAAUCUUGCGAAAGUUCAAGGACGAAUACAACCCCAACUUCAACGAUGAGGGUGUCAAGUCGGCUGUCAAGUCUUGGGAGGACUAUGCCGCUAGAGAGGCAGACACUGUUCGGGAACAACUCAUUGACUCGGACGUGGAUGAUGUUCGCCAGGAAGACAGCGAGAACAGCGGCGUCAACUGGGCCGAGUUUGAGAGCGGUGACGAGGGCUCCGACACCGAUGUCUUAUACAACUUUGAGGCAUACCUGCCUGGCUUCGUUCGAGGCUUCAUCCACAAUCAAGUGACUGCCCUCAGAGUGUGGCUGAUUCAGAAUGGCAUUCUGGCAGACAGUGGUGGUGCUGGAUCGGAGUCACAGCUAGUCAAGGCUGCUCGUGAGGCUGCCGAAACAGCCGAGAGGGAACUGGGCGACAAGAUUCGCGAUCGCGACAGCGAGACUGAGGAUCUGAAGAAGGACUAUGGACCCUCAGACAUUUUCCGUGCCAUCAAGGGAAAAUGUGUUAGCAUUGACGCCGGCGAAUAUGAAUAUGAACUCUGCUAUCUCGACAAGACCAUGCAGAAAUCCAAGAAGGGACAUGGACAUACAAACAUGGGUAACUUUGUUCGCAUUGACCGCCAGAUGGCCGACGACGAGGAGAGACUGGACGGAAAGAGCCUAGGCAGAGGCGAGCGCAUGGUUCUUAAGUACGAAGACGGACAGCAGUGCUGGAACGGCCCUCGACGAAGCACAGAGGUGUGGCUUGGCUGCGCCGACAAGGAGGAGCUCUGGCGCGUCAGCGAAGCUGAGAAGUGCGUUUAUAAGAUGGAGGUCGGCACUCCUGCUGCUUGCGAUGACCCGGAGCCAGCUCAGGGGAAGAAGGAUGAGUUGUAG